UUUUCAGACAAAUACAGGACAAAUACAGUGAAAAGGUCACUAUCCAACCAUGUUACACAUCCUCUCCCUGCUGCUUAUCCUAGCCCUGAAGGGACUGUCUACAGAUGAAGUCCCUGAAGUGGUACUUGAAGGUGUAGCAUCCCAGUCCAGCAUCUAUGACAAAUAUGGAAACCCUGGCAAUGCCAUUGAUGGGUCCCCGUCCAGUGAUUACCUGAGAGGAAAAUGUAGUCACACGGACUUAGAUAUUAAUCCAUGGUGGACACUGGAUUUGAGAGCGAGGGUUCAAGUGUUCAGAGUAAAGAUCACCAAUCGAGGAGACUGUUGUGAAGAGCGGCUAAACGGGGCUGAAAUCCGAAUUGGGAGCUCGCCGGAGAGAGGCGGCAGAACGAAUCCCAGAUGUGCCCAUAUUGACUCCAUGGGCCGUGGGGAAACACACUCAUUUGACUGUGAAGGAAUGCAAGGGCAGUAUGUGACUGUGACCAUCCCAGGCACAGAAAAAUACCUCACGUUGUGUGAAGUCCAAGUGUUUGGUCUACCAGUAAAUUCUUCUGACCUCAUGCUCAAUGAAACUCUGGGUCCAAGGAUCCCCAAUGGAGAUCGUUUUGAAACUGACAUAUGGAUCACCCUGAAUAACUCCAGAGCAGCUCCUAAUGUAGCCCUGGGGAAAACAGCCUCCCAGUCCAGCGCCGGAGAGAUUGAGGACAAUCCUAUGAGGGCCAUUGAUGGAUCUUUAUUGAACCGUUCCCCGACCCAACAGUGCUCACAAACACGCAGAGAUUUCCAGCCAUGGUGGACAGUGGAUUUGAACGCAACAUUCAUUGUGUCCUCAGUGGUGAUCACAAAUCGAGGCGACUGUUGCAAAGAGAGGAUCAAUGGUGCAGAGAUUCGGAUUGGGAACUCACCAGAGCUUGGUGGGACACUGAAUCCCAGAUGUGCUACAGUUGAGUCCAUGGAGCUUGGGCAAACACUCUCAUUUGACUGUCAUGGAAUGCAAGGGCGUUAUGUGACUGUGACCAUCCCAAGGCGAGCUGAGUACCUGACUCUGUGUGAAGUGCAAGUGUUUGGUCUGCCAUUGAUUUUCCCUGGUGAAACACUCCGAGCACAAAAGACAACAACAGGAGUCCCAAAUGUAGCACCACAUGGUAUUGCCUCCCAGUCCAGCAUAUAUAUGUACUCCUAUACGGCUCAGAAUGCUAACGAUGGCUCUUUAUCUGCCGAUGUUUUGAUGGGACAGUGUACCCACACACGUAAAGAGUGGUCACCCUGGUGGAGGCUGGAUUUGAAAUCAGAGCAUAAAAUCUUCUCUGUUGCACUAACAAACCGAGGAGACUGUUGCAAGAGUCGGAUAAACAGUGCUGAGAUCCGGAUUGGGAACUCUAAUGAACGAGGUGGAAUAAAGAAUCCAAGAUGUGGGACAGUUUUCCGCAUGGAUUAUGAGGAAACCCUCUCAUUUGACUGUGAAGGAAUGCAAGGGCGGUAUGUGACAGUGACCAUUCCCGGGCGAGCUGAAUACCUCAGUCUGUGUGAAGUGCAGGUCUUUGGUCUGCCUGUGAGUCCUUUAACUUCCACCACAGACUUCCCUUUGCCCUCAAAGGGGAGAAAAGGCUCACGUCUCCUUGGCAAAGCCUUUAUUUUCCCAGAAGAAACAGACACUAGCUAUGUUGUCCUGUCUCCAGCACAGCCCUUGAGUCUUGGCGCAUUCACACUUUGCAUGAAAGUGGCCUCAGAGUUACCGCCCAAUCGGGAAAUCAUUCUUUUCUCCUACCGCACCACGUACUAUGACGAACUCAAUGUGUGGCAAGAGUUUAAUGGCACCUUUAGUUUGUACCUGAGUGGUCCUGGAGUGCACUUCACCCUCCCCAAACUCAACACCUUUGGGAGUCACAUGUGUGUGACCUGGGAAUCCAAAUCUGGUCUCACAGCCUUUUGGGUAAAUGGUGAAAGGAGCUUAAGAAAAGUGCUGAGACCAGGGCAUAGGAUCCAACCACAGGGCAUUGUCAUGUUGGGGCAAGAUCCAGACACAUUCUGGGGCAGCUUUGAGAAGGCCCAAAGCUUUGUGGGAGAAAUAAGUGACCUUUAUAUGUGGGACCAUGUCUUAUCACCCUCCAUUAUCCAGAAUGUUUACCUGGACCACUCAUUUCCCAAGGGAAAUAUUUUUGAUUGGAAAUCAUUAUCAUAUAAGUGUACGGGAAAUGUGAUUGUGCCAUCCAAACUGUAACUGGAGUGUAAUGUGAAUGAAAGGGCUUCUGACAUUCUUUGUUUCAUUUCUCCUACGUGUGCACAAGAAAUAAAACAGAACAAGGAAUAGAGUGGAAAACUC